AUGAAAAGACACGUUAAAAUAUAUUCAGCAGAUGACAGCAAAUAUUCAUUCCAGUCCAAACCGAACGAAAGAAAUUUAAAAAGAAAAAGAUCAUCGUCGACUGUCACUCUAAAUCGUCCAAGACAACAUUACGAGAAGGUGCCAGAUAAAUCGGUAUCAUCCGGCAAAUCGGUGGUCGAUAAACCGGUACACAACCAAAACGGUAUCCAUAACGAUUCAGUUCUGGAUCCAAAUAACGAAACCAAUAUUUUGAGAAUAUUCGGCAACUACAAAAUUUCUCCACAUUCCACUGAUUACACGUUAAAAGAUAACUUCACGUUAAAAGAUAACUUCACGUUAAAAGAUAACUUCUCUAAGACUAGCCGAUUAACCGACUCGAUUCCAGAACCGAAUCUGGCACAAAACCCCAUACCGAAUACCGAUUCAAAUCAGUUAAAAACUGACAAAAAGUUACACAUUAACGUCUACAUCUCUGGUUCACAUUCCGUGGGAAAGUCCACUUUAGUGAGGAAUGUUCAAGAUAGAUAUCCGGAUUUUGUCAUCAGAGAAGAGAUUGCAAGGAAGUACAUGACAAGUCAAGGAAUUUCGGCGAAAGACUUCCAUCAUUGCCCUGAUGAAUUCGAGAGGGUGCAGAGGGAGUUCAUGAGGUUGCAGGUGGCCAGGGAGGAGGAAGAUGAUGAAAUCGAUGCUGGAAUUUUUAUAAACGACCGUGGCCUGGAUGGACUCAUCUACCUCAUCCACUACCACCCAAAUGGUAGAAAAAUUGUGGACGAUAUGAUAAACAAUGACAAUGGCGUCAAGCGUUGCAUAGACAAGGCAAGAAAGCCAACUUCACUGACGUUCAUAGUGAAGCCCCACAAAAAACUACUCGAGGACGACAAGGUCAGGCUAGUGUCCCCAAUCGACGACCUUGAGAACUUCCACAACAAGAUGGUGGCAUUUUAUAGGGAUGAGCUGAAGAUACCGUUUCGAGUUAUCGACUGUCUCGGCCGAAAUGAAAGAGUCGAAUUCGUAUCGGGGACGAUUUUUAAUACUGUUAAUGAUGGAUAACGGAUAUUAUUGUUAUUAUUAUUGUUGUUGUUAUUAUUAUUAUUAUCAUCAUCAAUAUAACAAUUAUAAUUAUUUUAUUUAUUUACUUAUUAUUUUAGUUCAAGGCACAUUGUUAAUAUUGAAAACGAUUCCUACCGAUAAGACAAUUGCUUUUACAAGCAUUUUUAACGACUAGUCUACCUUAUUAACCAAUAUAUUACACUCGUUUUGUUACCAUAUCCAUUUCAUUAUAAUUAACCUUCACACACACACGCACACACACAGACACACACACACACAAGUAGACAAACACACACUGACUUAUGUAAAAAAAAUUGCUUGAUGCAUGAUAUCAUUGUUGUUAAUAAAUUUUUAAAUAAAUUGACUAACUAACCAACUAAUUUUAUUCAGAACUAUGAAAUUGUAUUAAUAAUAUUGUUAAUUAUUCAAAGAUAUUUGGAAUAAAAUUUACCUGUACGUG